CACAGGCAGCUAGAAAGAGCUAGAAGUCCAGUGGUCGCAUACCUUAGUGCCGCGGUCUACACGGGCUGGAAUGCGAGCGAUAUAUAAAGGGGCGUAGAUGGACGGUGUAGAGCCCAUCCACCGCUCCCAGCUCCAGACAUUCCAAUCUCCAGACACAGCAAAACUCAGUCUAUCACCGCACUUCCAAUGGCACCCAAGACUGAGAUCCUCUUCCUCGGCGCGACCGGCUACCUCGGUGCAGGUAUCUUCACCCGCCUCCUCAACCACCCCAAGGCGAGCGAGUUCUCCAUCACCACCCUCGUGCGCAGCACCGAGAAGGGCGAGGCGCUCAAGAAGUUCAACCCGACGCUGAAGUAUGCUGUCGGGUCCCUCUACGACAAGGCGGACUACCCCGUCAUCGAGGACCUCGGUAAGAAGGCCGACGUGGUGUUCUCCGUCGCGGACGCGGACUACCUUCCAUGGACGACGGCGCUGCUCAAGGGCUUGAAAGCGCGCUUUGAUGCUACUGGGGUUGCACCCAUUCUGAUCCACGCCUCCGGGGCAGGUAUCCUCCUAUUCACUUCUGACCCUGCGGGUAACCACUCGGACCUCGACCUCGAGGACGUCAAGGCUGUUCCGCCCACUGCACUCCACCGCAACGUUGACCUCGCGGCCAUUGCCGCAGAUGAAGCCGGCUACGUGAAGACAUACCUUAUCUGCCCACCUCUCAUUGCUGGUCUGGCAUCGGGCCCGUUGUACGACGCAGGCCUCGCGCAUCGCAACUCUAUCCAGGCUCCAGCCCUCAUGCGGCCUGCGCUCGACCGGAAGCAGGCUGGUGUGGUUGGCGACGGCAAGGGCGUCUGGGCUGCUGUCCACGUCGACGAUGUUGCGGACACGUUCGUGCUGCUCUUCGACAAGAUCAUCUCUGGUGCGCCUGGCGUAGGCCACGGCUGGGAGGGCUACUACUACCUCGAGAAUGGAGAACUGUCGUGGAACGACAUCGCCAGCGCGAUCGGCCAGACACUCGUCGAGCUCGAUGUCGCCAAGUCGCCUGAGGUAACUUCCUUCUCGAAGGACGAGAUCUCGAAGUACUUCAAGUCCGAGUUCGCGAGCUCGGUGGUGUCGUCGACGUGCCGCUGCAAGGGGGAGCGGGCGCGCGCUCUGGGAUGGUCGCCGAAAUACAGCGUAGCGGACAUUCUCGCAGGCUUGAAGACCGAGGUGGAGUUCCUCUGGAAGAAGGCGCAGGCGGAGGGCAAGGUCGACAUCACGCCGAACUACGGCGUCGAUGCGAUGCUCCAGCGAUUCGCCUCCUUGUCGGCGUGAGCCUGAGCACCACGACGGAAGCGUGCCACAGCUCGAUGCAACCGCCGUGCUUGUCUCUGCGGAUGCCACCGUGUCACUAAACGCAAGAAAACCGGUUGUGUCGGGGGCUCUGGCAUGUCCAGACUCCAUGGUACGUGAGCGCAGUGAAAAAAGAC